UUCUCAGCUCUCAUUCUCUAGAAGAUGGCGGACUGCGAUUCACUGUUGGAUGAGGAGCUCUCUUCCUUUGUCUUCAAUUACUUGACAGAAAACUCCGGGAGCCAGUAUGGGGAGGAGGAGGUCUGCUCAGACCGCCUGGACGCUGACUUCUCUGACAUUGACCUCUCUCAGCUGGACGCUAGUGACUUCGACUCAGUCAAUUGCCUCAGUGAGCUCCACUGGUGCAACGACCAAUCAGACGUCUCCUCUGCCUCCAUCCAUUACAGCACAGGAGACUCAGAGUUGUUUGAGAUAGAGGAGAAUGCGGCGCUGCUGGCUGCUCUAACAGACAGCCUGGACGGCAUGGUGGAGGACGUGGUGGGGGGGCUGUCUGUGUUUCCCUCGCUGGGGGAGGAGCCUGGGGAGGAGGAGGACCUCCCCUUCCCUUCAGGCUCCCUGAGUGGCGGCUCCCUGAGCCCAGAGACAGAAGACCCGUCUCUACUGAAAAAGCUCCUGCUGUCCCCACCUAAUGUGCCCACGGGCCUGGAGUUAAACAAAGAAAGCAGCAGCUUACAUCGCCAUAGCAGCCGGAACCAGAAUCUAAAACCUGUCAGGCCUUUGGCUAAGCAGCGUAACAGCACACAGGAGCGCAGGCCUCGAGUGCCCCCACCAGCCGGACGUUUAUGCACCGAGCUCCACCGACACCUGACCACAGCACAGGAGGCCGAGGACACUCCUUCAGCUGACACGGAGGAGGAAGAGGAAGAAGAGGACGAGGAGGAGGACAGCGAGUCUGAGGAUGAAGAAGACGAGGUGGAGGAGGAAGAUGAGUCCUCUAGCAGUGAGGGUGAAACCUCCACCCCUCCUGAGCCCGCCAAGCCUCAGUUCACCUCAGAGAAAGAACUGCAGUCCAUGGUGGAGCUCAUUAAGUACAUGCACACCUACUGCCUGCCCACGCGCAAACAGGCCGCCUGGGACCGCAAAGAGCGCGAGUGCCCCGGCCAAGUACGCAGGGCCAGACCUGAGUGCCCCCCGGCUCGUAUCCCCUCGAACUGUCACAAGGCCGCCCCCCAAGUCCAGAGCAGCGCCUCUAGGCCUCGCCUUGCCUUCACCCGCCGACGGGAGGUCAAAGCCAACUCACUCCUGCGUGAACUGCUUGAAACAGUCAACUCCUUUGAUGUGAGCCAGCCUUACAGGCUCCAUAGCCCUCCCUAUACCCAUGACAGAGGAGCGACCGCCAAGCCAGCACGGGACAGAAAUACUGACCUGCUCUGCCUGGCUGCCCACUCAAACAAACCAGAGCUUGCGAAAGACCCUGCUGGCUCAGAAAGGGAUAGGGUGCCAGAGGCCCCCCAGAGCCCAUAUCUGGAGGACACCUCAUUCUCCGUCCGCCGCUCGCGGAGGCUCGCCUCUUUCCCCAGCCGUUUUGCCAAAAAGGGCCGUGCAAGCCGGUUGAGCGCGGAGCCUGCAUUAGGAGCACAGCUCCCUGGCGAGGAGGACCUGCCGGUCAAACACCCUCUUGGAGACGACCCAGGGAUGGACUACAUCCUAUUUAACAACAGCACUUCCCAAACCUUGGUCACAGCCGACCCUGGUAACCCCUGCUGUCAGCAAGAGAAACGCGCCUGCCUCUGUCUACCGCUGACUCCAAAAUCUACAGGAGACACACAGUACGCCAACAAGCCCUUUGAGCAGACGCUCGGUGUGGAACUGUGUGGCACAGCAGGCCUCACCCCUCCAACCACCCCCCCUCACAAGCCUGUGGAGGACGAGCUGUUCAAGCCAGAGGUGAAGGGAGAGUCCCCUCCAAAGGGCUCGUGGCUGAACCGGACUCACUCCCGCAAGCUCCCCGAGCAGACUGAACUCUAUGCCCAGCUCCGCAAGAUGGGCCAGGCCAGUGACACAGAACCCAAAGUCUACCGGACCUUCGGAGACCACGACUACUGCCUGCUGAGCCUGGGGGAGAGCCGGAAGAGGAGCGCGGCCAUGCUGUCCCAUUCCCUGUUUAGACGCUCCUCUCCGGAGGAGGGCCGGGAGCCGAAGGGGGAGGAAAGGCUCGGGCUGCAGCUUGAAGACAGGCUCUCCUCCAAGACCCCUGAGCACCUGGGUAUUGGUACCAGGGCCACCGCGGCAUCACCCCAGUCGGCAUCACCCCACAACUCGGAUGAGGAGGGAGAAUGCUCCUCUCGCUCUCCCUCCCCCGUCCUCCACUCCAUGUGCUGCCAGCCUCACUCCCCUAGCAGCAGGCCCGACUUCAGGUGUGAGAACUCUGAGAUGUGCUACGAAGAGAAGCAGAAAAACAAAAUAUCCAAGUCCUUGUUUGAAAUUGAUGAGGACAACUGCCAAGUGUUCUACAUUCACAACCUGCCGAGCAGCGUCACACAAACCAUGCUGCGCAAACGCUUCGAGGCCUUUGGCGUCCCGGAGGACUGCAAAGUCAUCACCAAAAAUGAGGAACGCUGUGGAGUCAUAAAGUUCCGCCAGGCGCCCAACGGGCUGCAGAGGCAAAGGCGGGGAGAGCCUGUCUUUCAGAACGGAGGGGUUGGAGUGCACAGGCUCAGCAGGAAGAGAUACAUAGAUCUGGACGAAGCGGGACCAGGGCCUGUGAAGAGCAAGUACGACGCCCUGGACUUCGACACCCUGCUGAAGGAGGCCCAGAAGAGCCUGCAUCGCUGACGGGACCUGGACUGGCGUUGCCUUAGAAACCCCGAACCACCCCGGACUUGUCUCAGUACCUCAAUAAAGGCAUCUUAGUCAUGUUUACAUUUUUAACGUUGGAAUAAGAAACAUACCUUGUCUCUUUCAAUUGAGGAUACUCCAGAAGAAGCUGCCAGGGGUGGUGGGUCAGAGAACGAAAAAGCAAGGAAACAUCGUAAAAGCUGCUUCCUGUCUGUGUUCAUGACUUUGUCAUGACUCGCCGUCAACCCCGCUGAGAGUGGGCUUGCGGUCGUGCGAGACCUCUGUAGCAAACCAAUCUCCCUCCGUUGAUCGUUAUGGUGUGUGUCUGCGUGUGUGUUGUUCUUUUGUACCCUUGUUGGUCUCUACUGGUGCAACUGCGAGCUGUUUUUGCCACUACGUCGUACGGUAUAUAACAAAACCUGCUUUAUAUUAGCAAACUUGUGGAUGUUCAAACUGUGUGUUAUGACAUAAAACUCAAAAACAAAAAAAUUAUUUCAGCAACUUUAAAAGAGUUUACAAAUUGAAAAUGAAAAGAAGAGAAAAAUCUUGGUUUAUGUAAUUAAAUAAUUUUAGUGCUUCCUUAAUUUCAUCUAUGCACUGUAACGAGGUAAUACUGUUUCUUCUGUCAACUUCUUUCCCCUACUCUGCCAUGCUAUGCUGCUGGCUGCUCUGAUCUCUGGGUCCCCUGCCCACUGCUUCAGAAACAGCUACUCAUAGCUUGCUAACACAAAUCUUGGAUGGCAGUCACUUUCCAUCCUACAAACUCAACACAAAUGGGGCCAUUACUACCAGUGCUAUUAUAUCAUCAAGUCAAAGUUCCAUAAUCUUUUUUUUUUUUUUACCCGAAGAAAACUUGCAAGAUCACAAUCCGUCCUAGCCAGGUCUCUGCACUGUUUCUACUCUCUAAAAAUGUCUGCAUCGGUCAGUAAUUGCUAGCAACAACAUUAGACGUUCUAUGGGGUCUAGAAGUGGCCCUAUACCAAUAAUGGAAUGUACCCCGUUGAUCUGAAUGUAGAGCCUCUACCUGAAUCCAAGAAAUUUUCGUUGUGCUCCUUUAGUGAAACUCCAUUGUGACCUGUCUCUUUUCAACACAGCCAGCAGCAUAGCUGAGGGUGAGAGCCUCUGAGGCUCACCUUACAAGGGGACCACCUCUCUGCUUUUGUCAGAGGCCAUAUUACCAUUAGCACCUGAGAGUGAGAGGGGUGCUGUUAAAUCAACUUUGUUGACAUUUCCCAGAGGUAUGGAUGGUACCACAUCAGACAAGUGUCUCUACCUCAUUUAAAUCCCUCCCUCUUCUCUGGUCCUCUCCCUCUCUAAACUCUCACACGUCACUCAUUGACUUCUGCCAAGCACUCCCUUUCGGAUAGGUGGAGGAGGGCAGCUUGGUUUCCCCGCUAAAACUCCCCAAACGUCUCGCCUCGUUGGCUGAAAACUCGAAAAAUAAUUUGUGUGUCCGUUUUUAUAGUCUCGACCGUGUAUCCAAUGUGUACUUGAUGUCUGUCUUUGUCUCGUGUGCGACUGGGCACUGCCAUCGCUGGGCUUCUCAGAGGGGCCUGUGGCACUCUGGUGUGCAGGGAGACCGAAGACCUUUUCUCUCCACCUGUCACUUGUUUUCUUCAAGGACCCGGUCCCCGGCCCCUUACUACUGUGCAGCCAAACCUCUCUCUGUGUGGUCAUGGGGCCGAGUGCUGCCCCAGCCUUGGCAAACCCCCUUCUUCUUCAGCGACGGAUUAUCCCUGUCUCCCUUGACUUUCUCUUUAUCUAAUCUCCUCUGUAACACACAUGAAAUUGAAUGUUUACAUCACUGAAUUCUCCUUCAAACUUUAUUAGAGCGCACACUAAGUACAAAGACGCCUUAUUCAGUGUUCAUCUAGUAUCCUAUCAGGAUGUGCCUUUUUGGCUUACCCUUGAAGGUUUACUGAAUUAAAAAUAAUAAUAAUUAAAAAUAUAUGUUUAGUGCAAUACAUACUGAUUUAGGAAAAAAAUACUUAUCAAAAGAAAAACUGAAUGAGCAUUUGUGCUUAGUAUGUACUGUAUACUACUAAAUGGUGAGAGAAUGUGCUGGUUUACACAAUACAAAAAUAUAUAUAAUAUAAUGUGUACAUAGCACUAUGCCUAGUGAAAACCUAAAAUGUAUCGUUGUGUCUAUACAGCGAUCUGUAGAUGUGCGUUAUAAAAGUUGUGUGUCACAAUGGCAAAUCAGACUGGCAAGGAUAAACUGUUUAAAAAUGCAAGUUUGAACUAUACAGGGAGUUAAUGAAGGGAAUUUACAUUGAAAUGACUCGACACAAGUCACACACUGUUGUAUAAAGUAUCCCUUUAGCUAUGCUAUAGAAGAUUUGUUCUUUUUUUAAUGACAAAAUAUUUUUGAUGUUUUUUUUUUUUGUUUUUUUACACAAUUGA